GAUAAUUGUGACUUUCGCCACUAACACCUUUCGUCCUGUGCUGAAAAAGUGAUUUACAUCGGAGAACCAGAGAAAGCGUGAUCGGAAUAAAGGCGUCUACUAGGGCUCUCGACGGAAGAUCGAUUCCCCGGCGAUAUUAACUCCGGCGGUUGCAGUUGUCAGUCCGACAAGUUGUAUCUCUCUCUCUGCUUCACUUCCAUAAGGGUUCAUCGAUUCUUCUUCUAGGGUGCCAAUAAAGUCAAGAUCUUUGACUGUCAUGCCUCUUCUUUGAGCCGUUGACUUGCUGUGUCCUCCAUUUCCACACCUUUGCUUCACUUAGCAAGCUAUGUCAACUCCACUGCUCUUCGUCUUCCUCGCCAUUCUCAUAUCUUCUUCCACCACAACCGCAGACGAAGCCACUCCGGUGACCCGUUUCCAGCAAUACCUCAGAUUCAAAACCGCACACCCCAAUCCAAACUACACAGCUCCCGUCUCUUUCCUCACAUCCAUCGCCGAAUCCCUCGGUCUCAAAGCCCAAACAUUUGAGUUCGUUCAAGAUAAGCCCGUCCUGCUUCUGACCUGGACUGGGUCAAACCCAUCUCUCCCUUCCCUGCUCCUCAAUUCCCACCUCGAUUCCGUCCCGGCGGAGCCUUCCAAAUGGAUCCACCCGCCGUUCGCCGCCGUCCGCGACCAGGACGGCAAGAUCUUCGCCCGCGGAGCUCAAGACGACAAGUGCAUCGCCAUCCAGUACUUGGAAGCCAUCCGGAACUUGAAGGGUAGAGGGUUCGUGCCUGCUCGGACUGUUCACGUCUCGUAUGUCCCCGAGGAGGAGAUUGGCGGGGAAGAUGGCGCGCAGAAGUUUGUUGCAUCCCAGGUGUUCGACGAAUUGCGAGUUGGGUUCGUGUUGGAUGAAGGGCAGGCGUCGGUGAACGAUGAGUUCAGGGUGUUCUAUGCGGAUCGGUCGCCUUGGAAGGUGAUCAUCAGGGCAAUUGGGCAGCCUGGACAUGGUUCGAGGAUGUAUGACAAUGGGGCAACGGAGAAUUUGAUGAAGAGUGUUGAAGUUAUUAGUAGGUUCCGUGAGAGUCAGUUUGAUGUUGUGAAAGCUGGAAAGGCUCCCACUUCUGAGGUUAUCUCGGUUAAUCCUGUCUAUUUGAAAGCUGGGAUUCCUUCCCCAACAGGAUAUGUGAUGAAUAUGCAACCUUCGGAGGCAGAAGCAGGUUAUGAUGUUAGGAUGCCUCCUGCUGCAGACCCGGAUCUGAUGAGGAAGAGAAUUGCUCAAGAAUGGGCUCCGGCUGAACGCAACAUGACAUUUGAGAUACAGGAGAAAGGGCCAAUAAGAGAUUUGAAGGGGAAUCCAUUAGUGACGGCAACUGAUGAUUCUAGUCCGUGGUGGUCCAUGUUUAAGCAAGCCAUCGCUGCAGCUGGAGGAAAGCUGGGGAAGCCUGAAAUAUUGGCUUCAACUACUGAUGCAAGGUUCAUGAGAGAGUUGGGAAUUCCUGCGUUGGGGUUCUCUCCCAUGACCAAUACUCCCAUUCUACUGCACGACCAUAAUGAGUAUCUGGAAGAGAGUGUGUUCUUGAAGGGCAUUGGGGUCUAUGAGCACGUAAUCAGCUUCCUGAGUUCGUUUGAGGCAGUGAAUGAUGUGUAGAUCUGAGAGUGAAACACCGUUUGGGAUCCGGGGACUGGAUCGAAAGGACAUGAAUGGUUAGCU